AUGUGCAUAUCUUGGUAUAUGGAUAGCGUAGGAAAUGAGCCAGUUAUACAGUAUUCUAAAACACCAUUCAAUCCUGUUGACAAUGUAACUAGAGAAAUAAAAACAGCAUUCAAUGAUGAAUUUAAGGAACCAGGCUGGAAUGGAUUCUCAAACACAGCAUAUGCUGAUAUUACAGAAACUGAUGAACAUUUAAUAAAUGGAAAUCAAACGGUUUGGAAUGAAUUCUUAGCAGCAAUUGAACCUAUAUCUACAAGAAUUCCUUAUAUGACUGUAAUUGGUAAUCACGAUCUAUUCAGUCUUGUUGGUGUUACCUAUAGACAGACAUUCGCUAUGCCAGGUUCAAAAGAGGGUUUGACAUGGUAUUCUUUUAACUACAAUGGUGUUCAUUUCGUAUCCGUUUCUUCAGAGCAAGAUUAUUCUGUUGGAUCACAACAAUAUGAAUGGUUGAAAAACGAUCUAAAGACAUUUAGAGAAAACAACCCUACUUCAUGGAUAGUGGUAUUUGGACAUCGACCAAUCUAUUGUAGUCUUGAACAUCGAUGGUGUAAUACUAUGAAAGACGGUUAUGUAAAAAGUAUAGAACAUCUUUUACAAGUGUACAAUGUAGAUGUAUAUUUAUCUGGACACACACAUUCCUAUGAGAGAACGCUGUGUGUAUAUAGUAAUCAAGUUGUUGGUGAAUACAGUAAUCCGAAAGCACCGCUAUAUUUGGUGGUUGGCACUGGUGGCACUCAAAAAGAAGAACUCUCCAAGACUUGGCAACCACAACCCAACUGGUCAUCAGGUGUCAGAUCUUUAUCGACAGGAUUUGGACACUAA